AUUCCGCCGUCGUUGAGUUGCGUCGCUCCGGCGAAGAUUCAGUUUAGUGAAAAUGUGGAGGCUGAAGAUCGCAGAGGGAGGAAAUCCAUGGCUGAGAACGCUGAAUAAUCACGUCGGAAGACAAGUUUGGGAGUUCGAUCCUGAACUCGGAUCUCCCGACGAGAAAAUGGAGAUCGAAAAGGCUCGCCUGGACUUCUCCAACAAUCGGUUCGAGAAGAAGCACAGCGCAGAUCUACUGAUGCGAAUUCAGUUUGCAAGGGAGAAUCCUGUUGCAGAAGUUCUACCUCAAGUCAAAGUAAAAGAUGCAGAGGACAUCACAGAGGAGAUGGUUACUAGAACGUUAAGAAGGGCUAUCAAUUUUUAUUCCUCUAUUCAGGCCCAUGAUGGGCAUUGGCCUGGGGAUUAUGGAGGUCCUAUGUUUCUUAUGCCUGGCUUGGUAAUAACUCUGUAUGUCACUGGGGCACUAAACGCAGUAUUAUCUGAAGAACAUAUCAAGGAGAUUUGCCGGUAUCUCUAUAAUCAUCAGAACAGAGAUGGUGGGUGGAGAUUACACAUCGAGGGUCAUAGCACAAUGUUUGGAUCUGUCUUGAGUUAUGUUACUUUAAGGCUCCUUGGUGAAGAAGCUAAUGCUGGUCAAGGGGCGAUGGAGAGAGGAAGAAAUUGGAUUCUGAGUCAUGGUAGUGCAACUGCAAUAACAUCAUGGGGGAAAAUGUGGCUUUCAGUGCUUGGAGUCUUUGAAUGGUCUGGAAAUAAUCCACUGCCCCCUGAGAUUUGGCUUCUUCCUUAUAUGCUUCCAAUUCAUCCAGGCAGGAUGUGGUGUCACUGUCGGAUGGUCUAUUUGCCAAUGUCAUAUCUAUAUGGAAAGAGGUUUGCUGGUCCAAUCACACCAACAAUUUUGUCUCUUAGAAAGGAACUUUACAAUGUCCCUUAUCAUGAAAUAGAUUGGAAUGAAGCUCGCAACCUGUGUGCCAAGGAAGAUCUGUACUACCCACACCCAUUGGUACAGGAUAUACUUUGGGGUACACUUCACAAGGCCGUUGAACCUGUUCUGAUGCAUUGGCCUGGAAAGAAGCUAAGAGAGAAGGCUCUGUCUACUGUAAUGGAGCACAUACACUAUGAAGAUGAGAAUACUCGUUACAUCUGCAUCGGGCCUGUGAACAAGGUGUUAAAUAUGCUUUGCUGUUGGAUUGAAGAUCCAAAUUCAGAGGCUUUUAAGUUGCAUCUCCCAAGAAUUCAUGAUUAUCUUUGGCUUGCUGAAGACGGCAUGAAAAUGCAGGGUUACAAUGGAAGUCAACUAUGGGACACUGCUUUUGCUGUUCAAGCAAUUAUAUCAGCCAAUCUUAUUGAAGAAUAUGGUCCAGUUCUAAAGAAGGCACACACGUAUAUUAAAAACACGCAGGUUUUAGACAAUUGCCCUGGUGAUCUUAGUGUUUGGUACCGCCACAUAUCUAAAGGUGCAUGGCCUUUCUCAACAGCAGAUCAUGGAUGGCCCAUUUCUGACUGCACAGCUGAAGGACUAAAAGCUGUUCUCUUGUUAUCAAAAUUACCAUCAGAGACUGUUGGGGAACCCUUAGAUGUAAAGAGAUUAUAUGAUGCUGUAAAUGUGAUUCUUUCACUUCAGAAUGCAGAUGGUGGCUUUGCAACUUAUGAGCUGACAAGAUCUUACCCUUGGUUGGAGUUAGUCAACCCCGCUGAAACUUUUGGUGAUAUUGUUAUUGACUAUCCUUAUGUGGAAUGUACCUCAGCUGCAAUCCAAGCAUUGACAUCAUUUAGAAAAUUAUAUCCUGGGCAUCGACAGCAAGAAAUAGACAUAUGCAUCAAGAAGGCAGCUAAUUUUAUUGAAAGAAUGCAAGCCUCAGAUGGCUCAUGGUUUGCCCCAAAUUACCCCUUGAGGAUACAGUAUUAAUUGUGUUCCUGAGUUUGUUAUUUCUUUUGAUGUUCUGGGAUUACAUGUCCAAAAGAAUUUGAGAUUGCUUAAGCUAUUAGUCUCACAACAUUAUAUUGCUUACUUCUUAGGUAUGGCUCAUGGGCUGUUUGCUUUACCUAUGCUAUAUGGUUUGGGGUGAAGGGGUUGGUAGCUGCAGGGAAGAACUUUGAGAACUGUUCUAGCAUCCGCAAAGCUUGUACUUUUCUGCUGUCAAAACAGCUUGCCUCAGGUGGCUGGGGAGAGAGCUACCUUUCAUGCCAAAAUAAGGUCUACUCAAAUCUUGAAGGCAACAGGUCUCAUGUGGUAAACACUGGCUGGGCCAUGUUAGCUCUCAUAGAUGCUGGACAGGCUAAGAGAGAUCCAACACCAUUGCACCGUGCAGCAGGAUAUUUGAUAAAUUCCCAAAUGGAGAGCGGAGAUUUUACUCAACAGGAAAUUAUGGGAGUCUUUAACAAGAAUUGUAUGAUCACGUAUGCUGCGUACAGAUGUAUUUUCCCAAUAUGGGCGUUGGGAGAAUACCGAACUCGUGUGUUGCAGGUAACCUAAGUUCCUACAGCAUAUCAGCAUUGCUCUCAGCAUUGUUUAUGUUGCCUUCUGAUGUGCACUUGGGUCUCUGUGGCCGUUUACCUUCAUUUUGUCGCUACAAGGCUGCAAGCAUACCAAUAUCAUGCUGCUAUUUUACGUGGGUGAUCUUGAGAUUUUGCCUGUAGCUUAGAUGGUGCCUGAAUUUAUAUGGAAUGAUUCCUUCUUUAGGCCUGUUUUGUGGAACUUCUUGAAAGUUUUACUUU